GGGCCCAGCCCCUCGGAGUCCUGGCUGUGAAGAGCCGCCCGGGGUCUCUGUCCUGAUCAGAUCCGGCAUCUGACCUGUGGACACCAUGGCUGCCACCACCACCAGCAUCUGCCAGUUUUCCACCUCAGGCUCCGUGAAGGGCCUGUGUGUGCCCAGCGGGGGUUUCUCUUGGAUGUCCUCGGUCCGUGUCUGGGGUGCCUGCUGGGUCCCCAACCUGUUGGGACCCGGCAACAUGUCGGUCACCUCCUCCCGCUUCUCAGUGGGCCUGGGGAGUGGCUACAGUGGUGGCUAUGCCUGCAACCUCGGUGGGGGCUUCAGAUCUAGCUUUGGUGUGGUAGGUGGCCUGUUGGGUGGCAGUGAGAAAGAGACCAUGCAGAACCUUAAUGACCGCCUGGCCUCCUACCUGGAGAAGGUGCGUGCCCUGGAGGAGGCUAAUGCUGACCUGGAGGUGAAGAUCCAUGACUGGGACAAGAAGCAGGGCCCUGGGCCUACCCUCGACUACAGCCACUACUUCAAGACCACUGAAGACCUGCGGAGCAAGAUCCUGGCAGCUACCAUAGACAACGCCAGCUUUGUGCUGCAGAUUGACAAUGCCCGCCUGGCAGCCGACGACUUCUGCACCAAGUACGAGGGGGAGCUGAACCUGCAGAUGAGCGUGGGAGCCGGCAUCAACGGCCUGCGCAGGGUGCUGGAUGAGCUGACCCUGGCCAGGGCCGACCUGGAGAUGCAGACUGAGGGCCUGAAGGAGGAGCUGGCCUACCUGAAGAAGAACGACGAGGAGGAAAUGACCGCCCUUCGAGGCCAACUGGGUGGGGACGUCAGCGUGGAGAUGGAUGCUGCCCCCACUGUGGACUUGAGCCGCAUCCUGAAUGAGAUGCGAGACCAGUAUGAGAAAAUUGCAGAGAAGAACUGCAAGGAUGCCGAGGACUGGUUCUUCAGCAAGAUGGAGGAGCUGAACCUCGAGGUGGCCACCAACACUGAGGCCCUGCAGAGCAGCAGGAGAGAGAUCAUGGAGCUCCGUCGCACAGUGCAGAACCUGGAGAUUGAGCUGCAGUCCCAGCUCAGCAUGAAAGUGUCACUGGAGGGCAGCCUGGCAGAGACAGAGGCGCGCUACGGGGCCCAGCUGGCCCAGCUGCAGGGGCUCAUCAGUAGCAUCGAGCAGAAGCUGUGUGAGCUGCGCUGUGACAUGGAGCGCCAGAACCACAAGUACCAGGUGCUGCUGGACGUGAAGACGUGGCUGCAGCAGGAGAUUGCCACCUACCGCCGCCUGCUGGAGGGCGAGGACUCCCAUCUGGCUGCCCAGUACUCCUCGUCCACGGCCUUGCAGUCCACCCGGGAAGCCACACUGACCAGUCGCCAGGUGCGCACCAUCGUGGAGGAGGUCCAGGAUGGCAAGGUGGUCUCCUCCUGUGAGCAGGUGCACCGCUCCACCCACUGAUGGCCCAGCCUUUAGGAUCCAGGAGCAGCCCUGGCCUCUAGCUCCCCACAUGCUACCGCCGGAGUGCCAGCCUGGGCCCCCGCCCCUGAGCAGUUGCUUUUCUGUACCUGCUUUCUGCAGCCCCUCACUGGAGGGAGUCCUGGGCUUGCCCAGUGACUGCUAUUAAAGCUUUGCUGAUGUUCCAUGCCUUGUGUUGUCUGGUGAUUGGUUUGGGGUGGUGUGGGUUGAGGAAGAGGGGUUGUGGGGAAGGAGAGUUUGCUGAGCAUUUGGGUAUCACCUUGUUCCCUGCCAAGCUGCUCUGCCCACCCCAUCCACCCUGUGGCUCCUGGGAGGGCAAGAGGGUUCUGGUAUAGCCAGUCCGCUGCGAAAGUUUCUUAAGAGUCAGCCUCUGGCUCCUUGUUGCCUGAGGCUGGUCCCUGGGAAGGCUCCAUAGCUUUCGGGGACUGCAUCGGCUGUACAGAGUGCUCCCAGCCUCAGCCCUGGGCUGGUCUGGGUCCGAGAGAGGAGGGAGAGGGUCUGGACUGAGGGCUUUCUGAGGGAGUGGUCAACGGUGUUGAUUGGUGAGAGGAGGUGGCACAGAGCGGCCUCCAGGGAAACCAGACAGGCUCCACCCGGGUGGGGUGCGUGUGAGCGUGGGGGGCGUCGUGUUUGCUUUGGUGGCUUGGCAGCUGCUGGGUUAUUGGAGAAUCUCUUUCGGCAGCUGGCGGGGGCUGUCUG